AUGCUAUUAUUCUCUCACAUGUUGGCUGUAGCUUCUCUUCAGAUCUUCAUCCUCUCAGGGAAUUGGGCUCUAGCCAAGAACAUCAACUUCUAUAAUGUGAGACCUCCAUUAGACCCCACUCCAUUUCCAAACAGCUUUAAGUGUUUCACCUGUGCAAAUGCAGUUGACAAUUACAACUGUAACAGAUGGGCUGAAGAUAAAUGGUGUCCUGAAAAUACAAAGUACUGCUUGACAGUUCAUCAUUUCACAAGCCAUGGAAGGAGUACAUCUGUGACCAAAAAAUGUGCUACCAGGGAUGAAUGCCGUUUUGUUGGCUGUCACCCCCACAGAGAGACAGGCCAUACAGAAUGCGUUUCUUGCUGUGAAGGGAUGAUCUGCAAUGUAGAAAUACCAACCAAUCACACAAAUGCAGUGUUUUCAGUAAUGCAUGCUCAGAGGAAAUCAGAUGGCAGCAGGAGGACAAUUAGCAUUCCGGUGCUUGCAUCAGUCAUAACAAUUAUGUUGUUAUGA